CUGGGGGAAAAAGACAUGAAGAGCAGAAGUGUGAAGGGCUGGAGAAAAGAAGAAAAAAAGAAAUUGCUUCCAGCAAGCCUUCCAAUCACCUUCCCAUGUGUUUCCAACCCUGCUAAUGAGAAUCUUGCUCCUGAGGUAGGAGGUGGAAAUGAUAUGGAUUCUUUAACAAAGAAAACGAGGCAAGAUGGAUCAGAAGUUACAGAGAGACUUAUUACAGAGACAGUAACUACAAGACUGACAUCUUUACCACCCAAAGGAGGGAGCAGUAGUGGACUCAAGACAUCAUCCCACACUGGAGGAAGUGGAGUUGAAAAGAGGUCUUACACCCAUAGCAGUGGCUAUGUGACUUCAAGUGGAAGUGGUAGAUUGAACUCAUCGUCGUCUGGCUACAGGCAAACACAGUCUCCUAGCUCAACUCUCACCAAAUCACCUGGCUCAACAUUUGAAAGAAAAACCCAUGUCAACCGCCAUGCAACAUAUGAAGGGAGCUCCAGUGCUAACUCUUCUCCAGAGUUCCCCAGAAAAGAGUUUGCAUCUGCCUCCACACGAGGGCGAAGCCAAAGUCGAGAGAGUGAAAUACGAGUCCGGCUGCAGAGCGCAUCUCCCUCUGGCAGAUGGACGGAGUUGGAUGAUGUCAAACGUUUACUGAAAGGAAGUCGAUCAGCCAGCUGCAGCCCGACUCGGUCAUCGUCAAGUACCCUCCCAAUACCAAAAAAAGCUGUGGUGGAGACAAAAAUGGUUACUGAGAGCUCUCAGUCAGUGUCAGGGACAUAUGAUACAACUAUACUAAAUACAGCCCUCCCACCAUACACAUGGUCCUCAACUCUGCCUGCUGGAUCUUCCCUUGGAGGAUACCACAACAGCAUGGGCCAGAGCUCUUCUUUGGUCAAUGCUAUGUCUCACUCUACAGGAUCAGUUUUUGGUGUUCCAAAUAACCUGGCUCCCAGCAGUCAUACUCUGAACACAGGCCUGAGCACAUCCUCAACAGUGUUCGGAGUUCAAAACAAUCUGUCACCAAGCUCUUCAGCCCUGAAUGCCACUGCAGCCUCUGCAGCAUAUGGGAUGAAGAACACUUCUCAGACAAACACCAUGAAUAGUACUGGUGUGUCUGCCUCAGCAGGUGGAACUGUUUUGAGCUCCCAGGGAGACGACUUUCUGCGCAAAGACUGCAAGUUCCUGCUGCUGGAGAAAGAGAAUGCCCCAGCAAAGAAGGAGAUGGAGCUCUUAGUCAUGACCAAGGAUAGUGGCAAAGUCUUUAGUGCAUCUUCCACUGGGCUUAAUGGAGGAUCCUUUGCAGAAGACACCUUGAAGAAGGAAAAGCAGGGGCUUUCUUCUUACGUGGCAGAUACUGGCCUGAAAUCAGAUACAAAUGGAGGAUUGAAAUCAGCGCCAACAAGGGACAAAGCAACAUAUGCAGAAAUACGAAAUGGUGAUGCAGGCGGUGCAAUUGGAUCAGCACCUUCCUGGUGUCCCUGUGGUUCCUGCUGUAGCUGGUGGAAAUGGCUUCUGGGUUUGCUUCUGGCAUGGUUGCUUCUCCUUGGAUUGCUCUUUGGACUCAUUGCUCUGGCGGAAGAAGUGAGAAAGCUGAGAUCUCGUGUGGACAACCUGGAAAAAAUAAAUCACAGCUUCCUGACAGUUAACCAAGGGAAUCCGUAUUUAGAAAAAGACGUUUCUAAAGUGGAUUUUCUUCAUGGUGCGGCACCGUCUUCAACCUUCCCUUUUGAAAAUGAAGAAUCAGUUUGGUUGAUGGUGAAGAGCAGACUGAAUAAGGAAAUAGAACGAGGCUACUUCCGAGGGGAGAGAGGAGAACCUGGUAUGAAAGGUGACAUGGGAUUGCAAGGUCCCAAAGGGGAUCGAGGGCUUCCCGGUGUCCCAGGCAUUCCUGGUCCAGCGGGGCACCAAGGACCAGAAGGACCAAAAGGACAGAAGGGCAGCAUGGGUGAUCCUGGCAUGGAAGGUCCCAUGGGACAAAGAGGUCGAGAAGGGCUACCAGGGCCUCGAGGAGAGCCUGGACCACCUGGAUUUGGAGAAAAAGGAGAUAGAGGUGCUGCAGGUCCUCCUGGGCCACCUGGUCCCCCAGGGUCUGCUGGCCUUAAAGGUCCAAUGGGUUCUCCAGGCCCUCAAGGACCUCCAGGUCCUCCUGGCCUUCAAGGAUUUAGAGGAGAAGCAGGUCUCCCAGGUGCUAAAGGUGAGAAAGGAGCUACUGGAUCCCCAGGACCCAAAGGUGAUCAGGGUGAGAAAGGAGCUCGUGGAAUGACAGGUGAACAAGGCUCAAGAGGCAUACCUGGUCCUCCAGGAGAGCCAGGAGCUAAAGGACCUGCAGGACAAGCUGGCCGUGAUGGACAGCCAGGUGAAAAAGGUGAACCAGGUCUCAUGGGAAUGCCAGGAGCCCGAGGCCCUCCAGGUCCUUCUGGAGAUGCAGGAGAGCCAGGUCUCACAGGACCCCAGGGACCACCAGGACUUCCAGGCAACCCAGGCAGACCAGGGGCUAAAGGAGAACCUGGAUCUCCAGGCAAAGUCAUAAGUGCUGAGGGUUCAUCAACUAUUGCUCUGCCAGGCCCACCAGGUCCUCCAGGACCCAUGGGCCCCACUGGACCUCCUGGUGUUCCAGGUCCUAUUGGGCCAGCUGGUCUCCCUGGACAACAAGGUCCACGGGGUGAGAAGGGAUCCGCAGGUGAAGCUGUGAUAGAAACUAUCAGGACAGAAGUCUCGUCACUGGCAUCUCAGAUGUUGGGAGAUAUACAAGGGCGAGCAGGACCACCAGGUCCCCCUGGACCACCAGGUGAAUCUGUGCAGGGACUUCCUGGGCCUCGUGGUCCCCCUGGAUUGCCAGGACCUUCAGGCCCACCAGGGAGACCAGGAUCUUCAGUGUCCACCUCAGAAACAUUUGUCUCUGGCCCACCCGGUCCACCAGGUCCACCAGGCCCGAAGGGAGACCAAGGUGAACGAGGUCCACGAGGAUUCACAGGUGAACCAGGUGAACCUGGCCUUCCAGGAUUCUCUUCCCAUGGUGGUACAGUCACCAUGCAGGGACCUCCAGGCCCACCAGGCCCACCAGGACCUAAAGGUGAUGCAGGUGUCCCAGGCGCUCCUGGCAUCCCAGGAACAUCUCGAGGUGGAUCCAGACAAAUCCAGGGACCCCCGGGGCCUCCUGGGCCACCAGGUCCUCCUGGCCCAGGUGGAAGUUCCUCUCAAGAGAUUCAGCAUUAUGUCGCUGAUUACCUGAAAAGUGAUAACAUAAGGCAUUAUUUGACUGGUGCCCAAGGUCCUCCAGGCCCUCCAGGCCCACCUGGAAUCCUCACCACUGCAGAUGGGAAGAGUUUUGAUUUUGCAGAGCUGGCUACCCGUGUUAUGAGCUAUAUGACAAGCUCUUCAGAUCAUUAUCAGUCAUUUGCCAGUUCAGUAUCAACUACAUCUGUUUUGUACCAAGAACUUUUGAACCUGCUGCAGAGAGAGGAAAUUCGUCAGUAUCUAGUUGGACCUCGGGGCCCACCAGGACCUCCUGGACCAGGAGUAGAUGGAAUGUCUCUGUCACUGGAUUAUGAUGAGUUGACCAGACGGUUUAUUAGCUACUUGACAAGUUCUGGUAUGAGCAUUGGACUCCCUGGACCGCCUGGGCCUCCAGGUUCACCAGGCAUAUCUUACAGUGAACUGACAGCAUACCUGAGAAACUCUGAAUUCAGUGGUCUUGUCGGACCCCCUGGGCCUGCAGGGCCCCCAGGACCCCCAGGGAUCCCUGGAUCAUCUGGCACCUCUCUGGAGGACAUCUCUGCUUACCUACAAAGUGUUGGAUACUCUUCUAUCUCUGGCAUGCAGGGCCCACCUGGCCCUCCUGGCCCUCCGGGACCACCAGGCUUCUCAGGAACUGGCCUCCUGUCCUACGCUGACAUCACCCACAGUGAUGAAUUCAGGAGUGAGCUGAUCCAGUACCUGAAGAGUGAUGAAGUUCGAAGCUACAUCUCAGGGCCUCCUGGGCCCCCUGGGCCACGGGGACCACCAGGACCCAAAGGAGAUAGUGGUUUGGUGGCUGGGUCUAUGUCUUCACUGUAUCAUGAUUCACUGGCUUCUGAACGGUCGCAUGGAGGAUCCAUGGGCGCCGAGGGAUCCCAUGGAGGAUCACUUGGCACAGGCAGCUCUUACAGCAGCUCCAUGAGCAGCAGCAGGUCAUCAUACAGUGCCUCCAUGGGCAACGAUGGCUCCUAUGGUGCGUCCCUGGGCAGCGAUGGGUCGUUUGAUGGGCUGCUGACAGCUGAGGAGUCACACAGGAGAUCAGCGGGUCCAGGCAGAUCUUAUAGCAACUCCUUUACUGGAUCCUUGGAUUACAGUGAGCUGGCUCGACGUGUGUCAGAGAACCUACAAAGCCAAGGUAUCCUCCAGGACUUCAUGUCUUACACUGGACAGGGGCCCCCAGGCCCGCCAGGACCUCCUGGACCUCCUGGAAUAAGCAGAGUCUUUGCAGCCUAUGGCAAUGUCACUGAGGACCUCAUGGACUUCUUCAGAACACACGGUACUGUCCGGGGACCACCUGGUGAGAAAGGAGAGCGGGGUUAUCCCGGCCCCAAAGGUGACCCGGGGCCGAUGGGCCCACCAGGACGCCAUGGGCACGGGGACCAAAAGGAGAGAAAGGCGAGAAAGGUGAACAAGUGUAUGGUGGCAGAAGGAAAAGAAGAAGUGUUGGGGUUUAAGGGAAGAGCAAAGUCAGUUCUGCACUGGGCUCCACCCCUAGCAGCUCAAAGAUUUCGUGUGGAUCUUCGCUGUCUUACUGCUAAAAUGUCCUUGCCAGUCAGCUAAGUACUUAGACUUGAUAGUUCAGUGUUUCUGCUGAGAUCUGAAUGGCUCUUUUACAUAUGUCCAGUGUUGCUCUAGUGUGGAUGUUUCCUCCUGUUGCAAAUGUAUGGCCCCUGAGCCUAUCCAGGUUUGUGGUUUUGUGCUGACAAGGGCUUCCUACCCCUCUCAGUCCAGUCUUGUAUUAUUUUGAGCUACAUAAAAACUUGUCUUAAACAACAAGCCACAUAUCCAGGAAAAAAAAAAAGGCCUCCCCAUACCAAACAAGUGGUAAAAGUCAGACCAAAAGCCCUGCAGGAAGUGCCAGGACUGAGCCUCAUGAGCACAGCACUGUGCGGGCUGUUGUGGGGCAGGGGCUGCUGCAUCAGGUGGUGAUGGCACUGAGCAGGGUCCUGGCUGGGACUGGGAGUGCUUUCAGAUCUCUGGGGUCAGCACUUAUUGUCAUCCCACCUGCGACCCAUUUUGGAAUGUGGUUCCCUUCCACCUCAAUGUUUCAGUGCUCUGGCACUCAGGAUAUAUUAACCUCGCUCCCCAGCCUGAAUCCUUUGUCCAAAUCCUGUUACAGAGCAGGUUGUGGCAGCACGCAGGGCACAGCACAUGCAAAUGCUCUGCAGGGAGCAUGGGCCUCUUGUGCUGUGCAGCACGGCCUGCUGUGACAUGCACAGGGACAGAUCUGAAGCACUUUUCUUCAAUGUCAUUUGUUGACUUUUAAAAAACAUUUUUGCAUUCUAUUUUUGGAACAUUAGGAAAAACUUGUUAAUGUAAACAUCCCAAUUAAAGUGUGUUUUGUACUCCAAGUUUGCCUGUCGGUAUUACAGCAUAGCCUGUACCAGAGUCACUGUGAUUGUGGGCAGACAUGCUGUGGGGUUUGAGUGGCCAAUGGUGGCAGUUUUCCUUCGUUCUCAUCACCAGUACGUGACCAAGCAGCCAGUGCAUUGUGUCUCGGGAUCUCUGGUUUCCAGUCUUCAGGAGAGUUUGGAACAAGGUUCUAUACAAACCUGGUUGGUUUUCAGAGUAUACAGCAGCUUGCAGUGUUGGCUCAUUAAACUUGUAUCCUUCUGGGUGAAUCAUUCUCUUCACCUGACUCUGCUGAGACAUUUCCUUUCAAAUCUAUCUUAAAAACAACCACAAAAAAAACCUCAAAGUCAUGUUGAAGUGCAGCAGUUGUGCUCCUCAAGCAAUGCCAGAGCUACUCAACAUGCUGUGAGGUGCAAGCCAGGCUGUCAGGCAAAAUGAGGUUUGUGUUCAAUCUCUGCUCCCACAGUGGGCAGAGGGAGAGCCAGGGCCCAUGCAACCACGCAAGGUUAAAGUAUUUUUUUUAUCCUCACUUGAUAAAAAUUACAAAUUGUUCUGCUCACUCACAGAUCACUUAAGUUCAUAUGAGUUUUCUGAAAAGAAAACAGAGACCCUCUCAGCAAACUGUGAUUUUUAUUGUAUUUACAGCAGAAUUAUUACAAUAUUCUACAGAAAGCCAUGAAAUCAAGUUAAUUUUAAAAACAAGAACAACAAAAAAAACCAACCAAAACUGUUGUAUGGCUGCUACUGCAAGUUCAUUUCCAUGAGCUAAACAUACAGAGAUCCGUUGCCAAUUUUUCAUCUGGCUCAUGAUUUUUGGUUGCUUCCUGUAAGGCAAAAUGACUUGGUUUGUUAACACAAAACAUUCAACAAACUUCUGGGACAACACGAGCUUGGAGAUGCCCUGGCUUUUGAGGUUUUAUUACUCAACAGCACUCUGCUUGUUUUUCUUAGAGACUGAGGGUGUGACAGAGCAGCAGCUCUCUUGUUCUGGUUUCUUUCUAUUCUUUCCACCAUUCUCAGCCAAGCUGAUAAUCCAUAAGAACGAGGCUCUACCCAGCAUGGAAACUGGAAGAGAUUUUGCGAAAUGAGAGCAUCUUAGGACUCAGUCCCUCCCUUCUGCUUUCAGCACAGUGGAAAUGGGUGGUUUCAAGCACAUUUUACUUAAGAGCUCUUCUCCUUUCUCCAGAGGCCCAGCUGCCCUUUCCGUACUGCAGUAGUUACAGAAAGUUGCAGAAAGGAUAAGGACUGAGGUGAGAGGAAGGGGACAGAGAACUAAAAGGUCUGCAAACAAUGUCCCCUUCCUAGCUGGACAAAUGCUAUGAAGUUUCUUUUUCCUUCCUUUUACCUGUUCUCAUCUUUUGUAAGACUAGAAAUAUGCCAGGGCAUCCUCAGCUUGUCUGGGAAUCAAGGUUAAUUCUCCCCAGGCAUCAUUCUGAAUCUGAUAUGAAGCUGCUAUUAGAAGUCAGGGAACAGGAACAUGUGUGGGCACAUCAACACAAGGAAGUUUUUCUGAGAUCCAGAAAUACAGAUGAUGAAGUAAAAUGACAGGAUUGCAAAUGCUAAGGACUGCAUUGGCAGAGAAUUAGAGGAUGCCACAAACAGCUGAACUCCAGUAAAUGAGGAAACUGCACAACUCUGUGUUGGGAAGAGUCCCAGGGAAUGCUUCCUCACCAGAGGGUCAUCAGGCACUGGAACAGGCUCCUAGGGCCCAAAGCUGUCAGAGUUUGGCCAGUACUCUCAGAAACAUGACUUGAUUUUGGGGCAUAGCCACCGACUCCUGUAUUUACAAGGUCUCAUCCCAAGAAAGCUAAUGUAACGAUGAAGAAGAAAAAUUGGGAAGUCUGGAUCUAUCAGAGGCCACGAGCUUGCCAAGAAGAUGGCCAAUUUUUUUUUUAAUCAAUUGUAAAUGCAAGAGGGCAAUCACUGCACUCCACUGUACUGCGUCACUUUAUUUAUUGCCAUUCUUCAUUUUCCCAGCUGUGAUGUACAAGAGCUGCUCUCAGAGUAAUGCCUCCUAUUUUAUUAUGUUAUGUUGCUUCAUGAUGUCAGAGGUGGACGUUGGUGGGAUGGCAGUAGAAGUUAAAUCUUCCCACCAUUAUUCCUUUACAGUUUAUUGCCAUGUGACAGAUGGCAGCAGAGGGGCAGUCUGAGAGAACGGGUCUGACGUGGAAGUGUGGGUGAAGCAAAAGUGUGUCAUUAAAGGGAUUAUGUGACAUGAUAGUAGAGAGAUUGGAUUUUAUAUGUCAGAAGAGCUCUGCCAGGCCUAUGUGAGACAAAACUCACUUGAACUGGAUCUUCUGACAUCGACAUAAUAGCAUACACCUCCCCUUUUACACUGCACAAUACUGGCAACAACAACUUUAUCAAUCUAAGCGUGCAAGUACCUACGUUAGCUCCUGUUAUCCCAGAACAAACGUAUUUUCACACCAGACAUCAAAUCCUAGCAAUCACUACAGUCAGUCCCUCCCUCCAACACAGAACUGUUAUUUGUUUGGACAAUUUACACUUGAGAUCAGAUUGCAGGAGCUUGUGUGAAAAGGAUCUUCGAAUUAAAGAUUUAGACAGAGGUAACUGGCUACACCGUUAACAAGUUAUCACUGAGACUGCCACCAAUGGAAGAAGAUUAACUUUUCUCUGAGAAUUUAAUGAUGAUAAAGGCAGAGAGAACCCAGAAUGGGAGAUGUACUUGCCACGUCUACUCCCCAGAUAAGUCACUGAGCCUACUGCAUACAAAACUGCAAACUAAUUCUGAAAUACAGAGAUGAAGAUUACCUGCUGAUUUUAGUAAGUCAAUUUAUGACAGCGGAGCUUAGAAAGUGAAGGCCAGAGACGUAUUUCACCCUACAGAAGAAACAACUUAAAGAACAGUGUAUUUUGCAAUAGAUAACGCUCUAGAGAUAUGGUAUGUGAAUUUACAACAGUACACAAUACACUUUUAUAUAAUGCCAGAAAUUAGGGCUAGCUAGUAAAGUAAUUACGCUAUCAAAAAGUUACAGAUUUUAAAUUAAAACAUGCAUUUUCCAACUGUUGAUACUGUGCUGUAACUGUUAAGUGUCUUCAUUGAGAAAGUAUAGCUUCAGCAUCCAAAGAUUUCAGCAUCCAAGUUUUCUACUGCAUCUGAUUCAAAUCCUAUGUUAACUUAAGAGUUCAUUCACAUGCAUCAGUGCUGUUCCCAUGAAAUGAACACCAUAUCACGUUCACCAGCCUCACAUUUAAUGCGAGCUAGCAAAACAAAUGUUACAGUUGAUGCCCAAAGAGAAUAGGAAGUUAGGCCUCAAAUAACAAAGGAAAUACUAUUUUACAAUUUCACACGGCAUACCAAAGUACAGCUUACAGUACUGUCGAUAUGACUGCCACCAAAAGGACUGCAGGAAAAGUGACCUAACGCGCUUUUAUUUCCCCACCAGCUAUGUCAGAAACAUUUCAGACUUUUUUCACUGCAGAUCAGUCAGGUAAAUAACUUAUUGUACUUCUAUAAACUUGAAAAAUAAAAACCAUCUAUGUUAAUACGUGGCAAUGCAAAAGAAAAAAAAAAAACAGCUUCAUUAAGAAUUUUGUCUAUAUAUUUAACUUAAAUCUUUCUAUAAAAUAAAAUGACUAAAGCAACAACAACAAAACAACCAACUCUAACACUUGUAAUCAAGACUCUGCCAUGGUUACCUGUAAAAAUGACCACCCACCUCCAUGCUCUGAUGGAGUUCAAACAAACAGGCUUUGGUGAGAACAGAAAGAUGGCUCUACCCUUUGCAGGUACAGUUAGAGAGACCACGUGCAUUUUGCACAUUGCUUUCUAAAAAAUACAUUCUACAGGUUUUCCAUUUGUAGAAAUAACCACCUGUAAUAGGUUGGAAAUAAGGAAAUUAAUAAACCAGGUAUUUUAAAGUUAGCAUUUCUUUCACCUUUACAUAUUUUAGUGCAAAAUAUUUUAGGGUGAGGAUUUACAACAAAAAUGGCAGUAGCAGCAAGAAAUCUUCUGUUUUGUACAGUAACAGCAAUGCAAUGGAGUGUUUGUUUUGUUUUCAAAUGACAAAACACCACCCUGUCACCAGGAUCAGCAUACCAAAGUGUUUCAGGCACUGUCUUUAUUAAACUAGCACCCCAUUUCAGUAUGGAACUAAUGGACAAAACGCGCAAUGGAGAUCAGCUCAGUUGAAUUUAUGCCAGAGGUUUCUCUUCUAAAAAAGUUGCAAAGGCUUUUACUGUUACCAAUCGUGUGAGCACAAGGGUUCAUUUUUUUUGGUUAUUGGCAUGCUCUGAGUAAUCUGCUUCAGUCCUUGCUCUGAGAACACUGCUCAAGACUGUAACAUUUUAAGCCCCUCAGGGCAGUUUCAGUUAUGGAAUUCUCUUGUGUAGAAAUGAGGCUUAAAAACACAGUAGCAGAACUAAUAUUACACCGUUUAAAAAUUCACAUGAACGUUUUUUUGUGAUAAGAAAUAUUACAAUUCUUGUUCUAGACUCACUUUCUUAAAGUCAAAACCAUAGAUAACUUAAACUUUGAGACCGAGAUUAAAAAAAACCACACGUAUUCUUGAAACAUGUGAAGGACGUCACAUUACCGUUACGCAGCAACUCCUUUCCUCCUUUCCUCCAUUCAAAGAAGUAAAAAAAAUAAAAAUAAAA